AUGAAGGAUAUCACCCAGCAGGAUCAUGGUCCCGAAGAGGAUGAGAAGAUUGGUGACGGCCAGAAACCAGCAUCGAUCCAUCAAGUCAAACAUGUCGAGCCUGGUCUCUCGGAGAAAGAAGCAGUGGAAGAUCCAGAGAGACAUCACGAGCCGGCUCCAACAGAUGGAGAAGAUGAGGCCCAGAAUUACAUCUAUGGUGCUCGUUUAUACAUCAUCUCGACUGCCUUUACAAUGGCGGGUAUCAUGUUAACCAUCGAUGGCAGUAUUCUUGCAACCGCCAUUCCUCGAAUCACCAGCGACUUCAAUUCGGUCGACGAUAUCGGCUGGUAUGCUAGUGCCUAUCUCCUGGCGCAGAUGGCCCUGCAGCCCACCUUUGGGCGCGUCUACAUCUACUUUGAAGCCAAAGUCACCUUUUUGCUUUCACUGCUUCUGUUUGAAGUGGGGUCGAUCGUCUGCGCCGUGGCACCAAACUCUCCCGUUCUUAUACUCGGCCGCGGCAUCGCAGGCGCAGCAGCAGCAGGGAUGCUCACUGGAAAUCUGGCCAUUUUUGGCCAGGUGGUUCCACUCCGGAGUCGGCCCCGAGGCAUGGCCAUUAUGACCGGCCUUUUUUCAGUCGCGACACUGGCGGGACCAACUGUCGGUGGACUGCUCACAGAUUCACGAUUGACUUGGCGAUUCUGUUUCUGGAUCAACUUGCCCUUUGGGUUCAUUGCGGCUGUGAUUGUGGUCUUCUAUCUCCGGCCAAAGCCCGGCAAAAUGGCUAAUCUGCCACUCCAGGAGAAGGUGAGUCGCCUCGAUCUGGCAAGCGCGGCCGUACUCGCAGCGAGUCUAGUCUGUUUAUUUCUGGGGCUACAAUGGGGCGGCUCCACGCAGCCCUGGUCGGCGCCUCGCGUUUGGGGUUGCUUGGUAGGAUUCGGAGUCCUCUGUGUGGCUUUUAUUGGUCUCCAGGCCUAUCGAAAGGAAAGGGCAACGAUUCCACUUCGACUGCUGUAUCAACGAACAGUGGCGAUCUGUGGCAUCUUCUCCGGACUAUACGGCGUGGCUGUUGUUACGCACGCCUAUCUGCUACCCAUUUGGUUUCAAGGCGUCAAAGGCACUGAUGCGACCAUAUCUGGAGUUAACAUGUUGCCUUUUACCAUCGCCAGUACGGUCGCCGUUUUGCUGGCGGGAUUCACCAUGACCGCCACGGGACAUUAUGUGCCAUUCAUGUGGGCCGGAGCAGUUGUCUACGUCGCGGGGAGUGCAAUGUACACCACGCUAAAUGCGGAUAGCACCGUUGGCCGAUGGCUGGGCACUCAGAUCCUGGCGGGCGCAGGCUUCGGCACCGCCAUCCAAGUCACUUUUAUCGCAGUGCAAGUGGUCACCCCGGCAGUCGACAUGCCCACCGUCUGUGCGCUCGAAGUCUUCUUCCGCCAGCUCGGUGGGUCGGUGGGCAUCAGCGUGGCGCAGAGCAUCUUCCUGAACACGCUGACCAGUCGCCUGGGAAAUAUUGCCGGGAUUGAUCCGGGGUGGAUGAUCCGCUCAGGGGUCCUCGAAGGCUUAUGGUCAAGCGAGUCGAUUGAGCCCUCGGUGGUCCUAUCGGUCAAGGACGCGUUGAACACCGCCAUCACUCGCGCUUUCCUCCUGCCAGUCGGAGCGACUGCUCUGGCGGCGCUGGUCAGCCUGGGGAUGGAGAGACGCCAGAUUGAGGAUGACAGAGUUCCUGCUCCGGGGACAGAGAUCGGUGCCCAGACUGCCAGAGCCAAUAAUCCUCCGGAGGGCGGGCCGCCAUAA